AUGAGCGACCCCUUGAGCAUCGCCACCAGUCUCAUAGCCCUGAUUCAGGUGACAGCCAAAGCGACCGAGUAUCUCAGGGAUGUAAAAGACGGCGGAAAGGAGCGAAUGAAGCUCCGGGAUGAGCUACGCAGUGUCACAUGCCUCCUAGAGAUGCUCCAUGACCGUGUCGAAGAACAGCAUGGGUCGGAUAGUGAAGAUGCCCUCAAGCCAGCCGCCAUUGCAUCAUUGGCAGGCCCUGACGGGCCCCUUGAGAGGAUGAAGGCCACGAUGGAGGACAUCGUAUCAAAGCUUGCACCUCAGGCUGGGUUAAGGAGACUUGCGCAGCCUUUCAAGUGGCCAUUUGACAAAAAAGACGUUCUGGAGCUCUUCGCAACUAUAGAAAGGCUGAAGACGCAUUUCACACUCGUUCUGCAGAAUGAUCUCUGGGCGCUCUCCAAGCUCACGAGCGAGAAGGUCGACCAGAUCACUGGGGCCGGAAAGACUCGAUUAGCCUCGCUUGUCAUCGAUUUAAUCGAGACUCAAUACACCUCGCCUAACAACCUCUUGGCUUACUUUUACUUCGAUUAUAACCAACGCGAGUCCCAAACCCAACUAGAAAUGGUAUCCAGUCUUUUGGAGCAAGUCCUUCGACAAAUGAGUCGUUCCAGUCUCCCUGAAGAGGUCCAGUCGCUUUAUAGAAAACACGUCCAGAAAAGAACUCGCCCUACAGUCAAGCAGCUUUCUGAGGUAUUCAAGAAGCUCUUAUCAUCACGCUCCAAUAUUUUUAUCGUCAUAGAUGCACUUGAUGAAUGUGCUCCUUCAGAUGAAUUAGCUCUGGAGCUGAUUCAAACUAUCAAAGAUCUCGGCAACAACAUUCGUCUUUUGAUCACGUCUCGUACCUCAACCAACUUCGAAAGCUGGUUUGAAGAUGCACCGCGCAUAGAUAUAGCAGCUCAAGACCAGGAUGUGCGACUUUUUCUGGAGACAAAGAUCCCAGAGCAAUCAAGGUUGGCAAAGCAUAUACGUGCAGACCCGAAACUCCAAGACGACAUCGUCCGAAAUAUCGCAGAGAGUGCUCGAGGAAUGUUUCUUCUGGCAACCCUCAACUUGGAUUCACUCUCUCGCAAGCUCACUCGCCGGGAUGUUCGCUCCUCCUUGUCAAUCCUUCCCAAGACACUUGACGCCACAUACGAGCAGGCACUUGAGAGGAUUCGGACCCAGGCCGAGGAAGAUGUUGAAUUGGCUGAAACUGUCAUCUUGUGGAUUCUAUGCGCCCGACGACCAUUGAGCGUUCUUGAGCUGCAGCACAUGUAUGCUGUCCACCUCCUUACCCAGGAUGACGAUGAGGAGUUGAUUACACUAGAGGAUGAUGACCUGCCGCCUGGCGAGAUUGUCACUGGCGUCUGCGGUGGUCUGAUUGUCGUCGAUGCCGCGUCCAAGACAGUGAGGCUGGUUCAUUACACGGCCCAGGAUUACCUCCUUCGCACACACGCUGAACAUCUGCACGAACCACGACUAGAACUCGCCAAACUCAGUCUAAACUACCUACAACUUCUCAACUUCUCAGAUGGACCAAUUUUGUCGGACAAUAUCAUGGCCAAGCGUUUGGAUAGCUUCCCGUUCCUGGAGUACGCAGCAAAGUACUGGGGCUCUGAGCUCUAUGGGGUGCAAAUCGAGACAUCCUGGGGGCCUAUCGAUCGCUUCUUGUCAAACGAGGUAGCCGUCAGCGUAACAAGUCAGGUUUGGAGUCUACCUCGGCACAGAUACACAUUCUGGAGCCGCGGAUUUCCGACAGAUGUCCCUGCGCUCGUCCUUGCAGCUUCAUUCCAGUUGCCAGAAGUUCUGGAAAGGCUUGUGAAUCAAGGACACGAUAUCGAAGGUAGCGGUAGUGACAAGGAGACCCCACUCAUCAGAUCAGCUCGGCUUGGACACGCAGCAAAUAUCACAACCCUACUCCGACUCGGCGCCAAGAUUACUGCCGCUGACGUUGCUGGCGAAACAUCUAUCGAAUGUGCGACUUUGGCCGGUAACGCUCCUGCUGUUAAAGCCCUGGUUGAUGGCGGUGCCGAUGUGAAUACAGUCACGGGCACAGCGGGCUGGUCUCUUCUCAUGUCAGCCGUUUCCAGUGGCAGUAUCGAGACUGUGAGACUACUGAUAGAAGGAGGGGCGGACCUUUUGACACGGACGAGCUGGGGCGAGACGGCACUGAGUCUAGCAACGGUCAGCGGUCAAGAAGCUAUCGCGAAUUUGCUCAUGGAUUCAGGUGCCAUUUUGCCACUGAAUCGUGCCGGAAGAAGGGCAACACUGCAAGCUUCGAGGAAGGGACUUGCAAACCUCGUCAGCAGAUUGACCUCUUUUAGCGGUGAUUACGAAGCUGUUGCGGAUGCUGGAAUUCAGCGAGAGCCCGUCGCACUCGGCCCGGAGCUUGCGCAGAUUGCUGAGCUAGAUGGUGAAGAGAGUGACGACCCGUUCAAUCAGCCAAAACAGCCUCUCGCAAUGAGAUCUGAAGAUGAUUUCAGUCUCGAAGUGGCCCUAGAAGGGGUCGCGUACCAAAGAGGAUUUCAUAGAAGAUACAAUCUUCUUGAGAAGUUGGGAAAAGGCCAUUUUGCAGAAGUAUUUCUUUGCUCUAGCAAAGUCACAAGUGUUCGACACGCAGUCAAGAUAUUGAGCUUUUCCCGUGGCGAUGCCAUCAAAGCUAUUGGUGUGAAUGCUGAAAUCAAGGUACUCAAUAAGCUGAGGCACCCAAACAUCUUGGCCUUGAUAGACACCAUGGUGUCAGAUGCCAUGGACCAGAUUUGCCUAGUGCUGGAGCUUGCUCCGGAGGGGGAGCUCUUCAAUUUCAUUGUUGUGAAUAAGAAGCUCACCCAGGAAGAGUCGCGAUCAAUCUUUCGUCAGCUGUUUUCGGCUUUGGCAUACAUCCAUGGGGAAGGGUGGGCGCAUCGAGAUAUCAAACCAGAGAAUAUCCUGAUGUCAAGCGCAAAUAGCAUCAAGCUUGCGGAUUUUGGUCUGGCAGUAAACCUUCGGAAUCUGCUAGACCAGAUGGAUGACGUCCUUUGUGGAACACCAAGCUAUAUUGCUCCUGAGAUACUUGAAAAUAGCUGUCAUAGACUCUACAGCUACCCUGUCGACGUCUGGUCUGCUGGCGUUGUGCUCUACAUAUGUCUUUGCGGGUUUCCUCCCUUCUCAGAUGAGCUCUACAGCAAAGAUUUCCCGUACACCCUAUCGCAGCAGAUUAAAUCAGGACGCUUCGACUAUCCUUCACCGUAUUGGGAUCCUGUGGGAGACUCAGCGCUUGAUCUGAUCGACUCAAUGCUAGUCGUUGAUCCAGAGAAGAGGUUUGUAGUGGAACAGUGCUUGAGCCAUCCCUGGAUGCUAGGAAUUGAGGGAAAGAAUAAUUUGCAAGAUGAUAGUCACCCGAAAGAGGAUGAAUGA